CACCUUAGGACACCUUGCGAAACACCUAAGGGAUUUCAAUUGGUGGUAAGGGGGGUCCAUUCACUACCCCUUGACCUCGAAGCACAACCCCCUAUAAGGUCUCUAGCUACGGAACACCUGUUCACAGUUUUCCUGCCUUUGAAUCUCUUUGCGCAGCGAAAGCGCUUCAGAAGCGCCGAGGCGCGUAGCUCCCGGCGUCCACUCUUCAGAGGUUAGGGAGUAGCUCCUGGGGGACUGGAAGUUGGGUCCCUAACCUCGUUGCCCUAGGUCUCCAAGUCAUUUCGAAUGCGCUGGGUCAGGGGCGUUUUGGUUUCUUCGGGAGAUCCAAGACAAUCAUACCUUUGCAUGUGGGAGAGAGGCUCCAACCUUUUGAACAGCUGGAGUCACGACUACCUGGAGUCUCAAAGUAAUUACCUCGGAAAAUCAGUACAAGUACUACAAGUACCUGUCUUUAUGGGGUCAUGCCCCGUUUUUCCAAGUUGUUCCACACUCCGUUUUUGAAGGGACCUCCGCGUCUGUUCGCUUUCUGGAUCGACUUCCCAUGCAUUUUCGAGGCAGGUCGUUGCCCUGGCGCGACCAGAAGCUCCAGUCGCCCACGUGUCAGGAGGAGCACCUUCGUUUGGCGCUGGAGCGGCUCUUCCUGGGCGCCGGCGCCCGCGGAAGAACCCGCGUCGCCCGCGUCGGGCGGGCAGCCCGUGACGCCCUGGAAGACCGCAAGACGACCAGCCCUGACCGCCCAGAGGAGACUCUGAGCGGCCCGAGCUUCGAGACUCUGAGCCAGCAGAGGAGGAGAAGAGAACUCUUGGCGCUGAUCCUCAUGUGGCCGCUGCUGCUCGUUGCGGCGCGAGUCGGGGGGAUCGUGACCCACCUGGAGCACGACCAGUCCACCGGUGAUGGUGUUGACCUACCAUUGCUGCCCCAGGACGGGUGACGAGCAACGAUCUUCGCGCAAAAUGAUGUUGCAGAAGAAGGACCAGUGAGGGCUCAAAGUUGGCCCCAGCCCAGGUCCGGUGGAAAGAAUCAAUCCACAGCAGACAGAGACAAGUGAUGAGCAAGUGAGACUGGGAAGUCGCCACACACACA